UUUAAUGGACAAAAUACAUCAAAAUAAUUUUCAAUAAUACAGAAGGCAAGAUCAGUAGAAAAAUAAACCAAUAAGCUUCCAAACAAUACAAACCGAAGUAACACAAACACUGCUCAGGGCAGUGGGCCUUAUUGUGCAGCAGUCACAGGAGGCUUCAGCAAAGAUGAAAUGAAAUGUUUCUCUGUUGAUGAACCAAUAUUCCUGAUAUUUAUUCACUCAGGGCACCAAGAUGGAUUUGGUCUAUAAGUUAAUUGUAAGUUGAAGAUGACUGCUGUCUGGAAAACUUUCAGGAAAGUGAGGCCAGGUUCUGGCUGCACUUGCAUUUGGCCACAGUAAUUGGGUUUUAUUCAAAUAACUUUAAGUCUUAUUAAUUUUAUAGGGCAUAAUUUACUAGUAUUAGAAUAGAAUAUUGCUAUUGUAGAAAUUAUUUUUGAAAAUUAGACAUUUUAUUAGAAAUGGUAUUAGGUCUCCUGCAUCUCAUCCACUGAGUCUGUGGACCAGGACAGAGAUUCUAGCACCACCAAUGUAUUAGGACAGGAGUGACAGCCAUACUGAUCUAGCAAGGUAAUGAAAAGAAAUUAUACCAGCAAUUAUUUGUGGACCCAGUGUGCUCUCCUAGCUGUCUGCAGCUUGCUCUUCAGAGUCCUUUCUGUGCAAUCCAAGAGGAGGUCUGAAUAGGUUCUCAGCUUUCAGUUGAUGGUCUGUCAAAAUUAAUAUUCAGAGGUUGCAGCUUGUAACAAGCACAUUUAAAGUCAUAUGAGAAGUGCAUGGUUUUACGACAUGUCUCUAUUCCGAGUUGUGUCUGGCUUCAGAAAUACACGGAGGGGAAAACCGAAACAACUCUGCCGUUUCCUUCUUGGUAACCUGAGUUCACCUGUGUGAGAGGAGUUUAACCCUUUUAUGAGUGUUAAGAGUGUUGAAUAUUGUAUCGUAAUGGCGUAAAGAAACAGGAAACUACCCCUCUUAAGAGUAACUGAAGCUUUUAUAAUUUAUGCAUCGAGCUCUCUUUUCAGUGAUUUGUACACUUUGAGAUAAAGAGAAAAGUUUUUAAAAGUCCAUUAAUCGCCAACGUCUUUCUGAGCUACCCUGCUGUGGUACUAAAAGAACUUUGAAGCUCUGCAGAGAAGGCACCAAACAUGCUAGGCACCUUCUGGCGUGUUAAAACACUGUCCAUGGGCUGCAUGAUUUUCGCCUUUAUGGACAGAAGAAAAUAAAUAAAAUCCUCGGAUCUGUGAGGUUUCUAGUUUCUGAAAAGAAAGUGCUACUUCCCCUUUAAGCCUGGAGCCGUUCGUGCGUGUGCGAGUGUGUGUGUAUGUGUGAGAGAGAGUGUGUGUGUCUCCUCCUCUUUGAGUGACACAGCACUUAGAUAUGCCUAUCAGUAACUUAAACCCCACAAACUCCACCUUCUAAGUGAGGAAGCUGUGGGUUGAUGGAAAUGUAGUGAGCAGAUUGAGACAGACAGUGAAUCAUUAGCAAACUGCAACGCCAGGAUGAACUUGUCUGGAACCUAAAAGGAAAAAACCGUCUGAGAGUCCUUCGCGGUGCUGGGUUUUGCUAAAUACAGCCAAAGUGGAUCUAAAAGCCGGUUGAUCCCCAGUCCAAGAUGCUGCUGGUUUCCCAGCGGGUAGAAGCACCACGCAUGGAGCCACAUAUUCCAUUACAGGGAUCCAUUAAAAGAAAACUGGAAGAUGAUAGCUCUCCUGCCUCCGGUGGUGUGCCUGAUGUCAUUUUCCCAAAUGACAGUAAAAGACUCUGUCUGGAUGACGUAAACCUUGCCAUGGGCCAAGGUGCCAAUCCCAAUGUGGCAUGUCCAGAAAUGCAAAGUUCUCCCUUCUCCAGCAGCCACAGUGCUUCUUCCCUGGGAGUCACAGGUCAUCCAGUUCUCCUUGAAAACAAUCACAUGAAUGGCGGCGGCAUUGGUUCCCCCUUUUCAGUGCCACCCAACACAGAAAUAAGUCAAAAGGGGUCUAUAGGAGGGCAAAACAAUAACAUUGUCCACUAUGAUGAGAAAGGAAACAGCUUACAGUCUGUGGACCAAGAGCUGCAAGAUCUACUGGAAGAGCUGACCAAAAUGCCUGAUCCUUCUCCCAACGACCUGGAUCUGGAGAAGAUUUUGUGCAGCAAGGCUGAAGAGCCACUUGGGCUGAGUCAUUCUCAACCCAGCAUAAGUACCACUCCAAAAUCCUCUCCACAGACUUCCCACUUGGAGAACCAUGUUGCUAACAAAGAUUUUUCUCCAGGCUGCAAUCCAACCAGUGGAGGAUCUCCUCAGAUGAGACCAUCAUCUGCUGGAGCUAACUUCCAAGUUCCUGCCUCAAGUAAGUCUGCUGCAUCCCCCAUCUCUACAGCAGCUCAGAGCAAGAACCAACCACCACCUAUGCUUCCAGUACCCUUACCCAACAUACCUGGCUCCAACUGGCACGCUCAGCAGCUAAAGCAGCUGGCAGCUAGCAAGCAGGUGUCUACUACUAAGCAACAAGUACAGGCUCCCAGCUGGCCAACUAUGUCUCCUCCUGGUCUCUCUCCGCCUUACAGGGCAGGAUCAUCCCCACACCAUCAACCUUUCAGUCCUCAAAAUGUUAUGGUGUCUGGCAUGCCUGCUAAUAAUUUACCAGGAAACAACAUUCAGAGUCCUCAAAACACUCUGCUUUCAAGCAUGACUUCCAGCAGCACCGCAUCCAAUGGCCCCUCUCCUCCUUAUGGGUCUGAGAAACUCUCCAGUCCAGCUCUGAAUCAGCAGCCCUUCAGCCCACAGAACUCCAUGCUGCCCACCCUGACAGCAGCCAGCUUACCAGCCAACAACAUUAAAAGUCCACAGAACAGCUUGGUUGCCAGCAUGGCCUCCACAAAUACUGGACCUUCUCCACCAUACAGGCCAGAAAAGCUGUCAAGCCCAGCUCUGCAUCAGCAGCCCUUCAGUCCUCAAGGUACAUUAAUCUCUAACAUCACUUCUACCAGCAACCCCACAAGUAUGCAGAGCUCACUUUUUAAAUCAAUGACAACAAACCAGUCCAAAAAUAUGAACAUAAUUAUGCAACAGCCAUCUAGUAGCUUACAGCCAGGUCUGGUGAAUGAGAACCCUGUUAGCCAAGACCAGUUUUCUUUCAAUAACACCAAACCACUGUCUCACUUUGCCUCAGAGUCAGCUACUCAAAAGAUGUCACCUCUGACAGCAGGACAAGGGCAGCAAUCUCUCAUUCACUAUCUCCAGCAGCAGCAGCAGUCUGCAGCCACACAGCAGUCCCAGCAGGCUAACAACAGCCAGUUUCUCCAGCAGCAGUUUCGACAGCUGAUGCAGCCGCAUCGGAUGCAGAGGCACAUGCAGCCUGCCACAUUGCCAUCUCAGAGCAGACAGGAUCAAAAUCCUGGAAUUGUUGCCAGACUUCAGGAGCCGGGCUCCAUCCCAAGCGGAGGCUCUGUGCCGGCACCAGCCACGGUGAAUGGGUACACGAUGAGGAACCAUUUACUGAAGCAGCAAAUAAUGAAACGACAGCUGAUGCAGGAAAAGCAGAGACAAAAUAUGCUGGGAGUAACAUCUGAGCAGAGGAGUUUGUUUGCAGCUCAGCAGAUAAAUCAGUUUCAAGCUGUGCAGCAGCCCAUUCCUGCUGACUGCAGCCAGGUGAUGCCAGCUCCUCCGCCCAACCACCGCAUGCUGCCAUCUAACCCAGCCAUGCUCCAGAGCACCUUGGGCUCUGGCAUGGCCUCAGCCACUGCCAGCCAGAGCAGCGGGUCAAUGGUGAUGAUUCCUCACAACACUGGCAAGCAACAGGGCAUUUUCCCACCUAAUUCUGACUUUAACAUCCCACUGCGGCCGAGCCAGAACUCACUGGGCAUGAACUCGGGGUGCCAAACAGCGCACAGCCACUCUGCUGUGCGGCCAGGAAUGCCGAUGUCAGGCUUCAGUUCCGGUUCCUUAGCAAAUCACUCUGCCACUCAGCAGCACCUGAGGCAGCCGAGUAUGCCAAGAAUCCCUAAUGUCUACCCCAACUCAUCUGCCCAGAUGUGGACACCGACUGCUGUGCCAAGAAUGCCAAAUCAAAGCCAAAUGGAUACCAGCAUGCAGCAGUUCUCUGGUAACGCUCUCUUCUCCAAACAGAACGUAAGACCCACUGCACCGGGUCAGCAGUUCUCUCAGCAGGCUGUAGUGCCACCUAAUCAGAUCGCUCCCAGCGUCCAGGUCAGACAGAUGCAAAAACUGAGUAUGGGGCAGUCUGGCCAGGGCUUGAGCUCAAUGAGUAAUCAGAACUUGAGACACAAUUUAACCAGAGGACCGUUGCCAGCUAUGAAUGUUAUGAAAUCAAUGCCACAAGGAGUCUCCAGUUUUAACCAGCUCAAUCCUGCCUCAAGCCUCGGCCCGCCCAGCUACCCUUCCACGGGGCAGCCACCCGACGCCUUCAGCAGGAUGAGCGCUGGUGCCGCCGAGCUGCCGCAGUACGACUUUGUGUCCCAGCACAGCAGCUCCGUCAUGCCUGCGAACUGCAGCGACACCGACUUCCUCGACUCCCUCAUGAAGAACAGCAGCAGCAGCAACGACGAAGAGUGGUUGAACAAUCUGACAAUGAUAGAUGACAUUUUGGGACAGCACGCUCAAAGCUCCAGCCACGUUUAGCUGGGAGGGAAGCGGCCUGAUUGUAAAUAACAUACCUAUGGCUUUAGGAGGGAAGAGACAACCCGGGAAAGCCGCCACCUCCUUCAGUGCAGAAUGAAUAGACUCAGCCAAUUCUUUGCCUGCAUCAAAGUUUAAUAUUGGCAGUUUUUCAGAUGACUGUACAUAUAUUUGAAUAUUUUGUAAAUUAUGUUUUCCUAAACCUUAAAUGUAGAAGUAUUUAUACUUCUUUGCUGGACUGUUUGUAAAUAAACCUAUAGCAUAACUUUUUGGUUUUAUUAUAGGGAUUUCAUUAUACCUUGUUAUAAAUAUGCAAAUAAUAUUGUUAGUUUCAGUAAUACUGUGUAUUACAGCAGAAAAUACUUAUGUUUUUGACAUAACUUAACACAUGAACCAGGGGUGUCAUUGCAGCCAGACUAAGCAGAAAUCAAAUGUGGCAUCUGUCCUCCCAGAUCAAAAGGAAAGAUUGAAAAUUGGCAUUAAAGAAAAUAAAAUCCAUAAAAGGAGCUGCUGCUUGCCUUGUGGCUCAGUCUUGCAGCCCCAUUCUCGUCCGUAGGUCCCGUGAAGACUUCUAGUGUGUUCAGGGAUCUGCCUGCAGAGAUCCAUUUGCAAGAUCCUAGGCAUGUUCUCAACUUGAUACACUCCAGUAGGUCGAUUUGAGGCUGACAAGGCAUCCUCUUGUCCUGCAGUGAGCGUGUGCUUGUGAUGUUUCAGCUGCUGACCGGCGUGUGUGUGUGUGCGCGUCUGGGCAUCGUAGGCAUGGCGCUGCCUGCGCUGGGUUGCACUGGGGAGGAGGCACGGGGCAGGCACUGCCAAGCCACCCUGGCAGCUGUACCCUCCAGCAAAUAGGUAGCCUGGUUUGCGCACCUCUGCCAUGUAUAUUUGUAGUGUACAGGUGAUCUGUUCCUGGUUUUAAGGCUUUUCAUAAUUUCUGUUUUAAUGUGAGACUUUUUUUUCAGGGCAAAAGUCUAUAAACAUUAAUAGUUAAUUUUUGAUGUUUUUUCUGUCAGCUACUAUUGUCCUAUGUAUAUUUAAGAGUCUGUUUAUAAAAGAUUCACUGUACUGUAAACUUCUUAAAAUGUUCAUACUUUGUGUAAUCAUAUUUUAAUAGUCACGUCAUACUUCGCAAUACAUUUGUAAUAUAUCGUCAGCUUCAAGCACAGAAUGGUUUUUUUUUCUUCAUACCAUAAUAAACUGCC